AUGAUUUCAUUGACCAGGUGCGUCGUUGUUGGUGUUGGAGAGGUGACUUUCGUGUCGACUAAAGAAGGGAGAGCUGAGGCGUUUGGGCUUGAAGACGACGAUUUCAUUGACCAGUUCGUAUUUUCAUCCACUGCUGCGUCACUUCUCCCUCAUACCCUCCUUUCCCCCACACCCCCCCUUCCCCUCCCCUUCCCCUGUGCUCCCCCACCCAAACUCCCAACACCCCCUCCCCCCCCUUCCCCUGUGCUCCCCCUCUCUGCCCUCGCUCCCUCUCUCCCUCUCUCCCUCUCUCUCCCUCUCCCGUUCCACCUCCUCCAUUCCUUAUGCUGCACGGGCUGUGGGCGAGUGCUGGACGAUACCGUCUACUCGUCCGACACUGUUUUCAUGAAACAAUCCGAUGGCUCUAGCAUGGCCAUGGGAAGCUUCGUGGCAGAUGCAGGAGGAGGGGGGCCGGUGGUGCGGCUGGGAGGAGCCAGGGGGUUUGCCUUUGGGGGGUCGUCAGAGUCUCACGAGCGCACAGUCAUGAGAGGGCGAAAUGAGAUUGCAGAGAUAGCUGAGCGUCUGGCUGUGCGACCACGAGAGGACAUGAUUGGGUCAGCGCACCGGCUGUACCAGUUGGCUCUGAAUCGCAACUUCACCCGAGGAAGGCGAGUGGCGCAGGUGGCAGCUGCAUGCCUCUACCUCGCCUGCAGGCAGGAGAAGAAGCCCUUCCUGCUUAUUGACUUUGCCGACUUGCUGCAGAUCAACGUGUAUGUGCUGGGGGCGGUGUAUCUGCAGCUGCUGCUGGUUCUGAGACUGGAGAACCACGAGCCGCUACAGGCACCGCUGGACCCUUCCCUUUUCAUCCACCGGUUCGCCGACCGCCUCAAUUUCGGGCGCAAGAUGCAUGCAGUGGCCAACACGGCUCUGCGCCUCGUUGCCUCCAUGAAGCGCGACUGGAUCCAGACUGGUCGCAAGCCCAAUGGGGUGUGUGGAGCGGCGCUGCUGAUAGCGGCACACAUUCACGGCUUUGAGCGGUCCAAGUCGGAUGUGGUGGCAGUGGUGCAUGUGUGUGAGCAGACCGUGCGGCACCGACUGCAUGAGUUUGAAGGCACAGAGGCAGGCGGUCUCACUCCUGAGGAGUUUGAAGAGAAGGCCAAGGAGUGGGACGAGCUUCUCUUUUCCACCCAGCCGCCCACCCCUGCUCUCGCCCCUCCUGCCUCUGCCCUCGCCCCUGCUGCUGCUGCCCUCGCUACCAAGGGCAAGCAGGGGAAGGGGAAAGCAGGGGGGGCAGCAGGGGGAGGGGCGAGGGGAGACGCAGGGGGGUAUGGGGAGCCGGGUGGUGGGGAAGAUGGGGAGGGGGAGGUGGGGGAGGGGGGAGCGGGGGAGGUGGAGCAGGGGGAAGGGGAGGAGGGGGUGGUGGCGAAUGGGGGUGGGGGCGUGGGUGGGGGGGAAGUGGGGGAGGUGUAUUUGACUCAGUGUCAGCAUAAGGAUGCUGGGGCGGCUCAUUUUGCACAUGGGCUCUGCAGGCCGUGCUAUGACAUGUGCCAGCAUGAGGAGGCUGGGACAGCUCAUUUCGCCCAUGGGCUCUGCAGGCCGUGCUAUGACAUGGUACGUGCUAUGACAUGGUACGUGCUAUGA